GUUACAACUUACAUGUGUUUGUGUUAUGGUGCUGAUGUACAUUUCAGUCUAGUCCUGUUACAAUCCAUACGGUGUUUACGGUACUUCCAUUUUUAACGUGAUAUUUUAUGAUGUGCAGCUGAACUGUUUUGAAUUUUGAAAUCGCAAAAGAUCGAGAUUAAGACUAAGACUAAGAUGACCGCCUCCUCGGAUCGAGGCUACCACUACCGCUGCCGCCGCUGCUGCUGCUGCUGCUAGCUUAGCGAGGAGAGCGAUCGAUCGAUCGAUCAACAGAGUCGUCGUCGCUGUGCAGCGCGAUGAACGAGCAGGUGAUCUACAGGGCGCUGUACGACUACGAGCCGCAAGAGGCGGACGAGCUCACCAUGCUGCAGGGCGACCGCAUGUUCGUGCACAAGCACGUGCUCGUCGAGCGCGACGUGCCGAUCGAGGCGCCCAACGACUGGGUGUUCGGCGAGAACGAGCGCACGCACCGCACGGGCUUCUUCCCGUGCACGUACGUCAAGUACGCCGGCAAGCAGGUGGUGGCGCCGCCGCGGCCCGCGCCGCGACACCCGGCCGCCGCCGCGCGCAAGCCGCCCAACGACGACUCGGGGAUCGGCGAGUCGCCGAUGAAGGGCACAGAAGGAAGUCAUCGGCUAAAGGAAGUUGACCAUUUGUUGCCUUCUCUCUGCGGUUACUGUGCAGACCAUGUUUGGGGGACAGGAGAAAACGUUUCAUCUAAAUGUCUAGACUGCGGCCAGUACUUUCAUCCUUCAUGCGUGAAGCCUUCAGCGUCGACGACGUGCGUGCAGCCGUCGGGCGACGCGACGGCGAGCGGAGAUCGCGAGAUCCCUGCCACGCAGUGGACAACGCAGCAGAUUGCUGAGUGGCUGGCCGUCGUCAAUCUCGAACGCUUUGCCAAUAUCUUCAAGGCGUUCGGCAUAGAUGGCAGCAGGUUACACAGCAUCACGCAGACGGAACUGGAGCAGAAGAUGGGAAUCACAGAAAAUUUUCAUAGGGAAUCGAUCAUGACCGCCUUAGAUGCAUUACUUGGUCGUCAUAAGCCAACUAAGACAAUGGCCACCAUCAUCGAGGAGGUUCCGGAAGUGCCUGUAGUUCACGGAGGUCACCAUUUUGAGGAGCACAGCUUACUUAAUUUAGAAGUCUGCGACAAGUGUGCUCUGCCUUUCCUAGGCGUUGAGAAGCAAGGCCUAGUGUGUAGAGCGUGUGGUGUCCAGUGUCAUAGACAUUGCUCCAGAAUUGGAGUCGGCGCAUGUGAACCAGCUGGGGACCGCCGCCAAGAAAGACUAGGGCCAGUGUUCGGCGUCGACCUGGAGAAGCUGUUCAACUCGCGAGACGAGCCGGCACCGCUCAUCCUGAUGCGCUGCGUCGAGGAGAUCGAAGCUCGCGGCAAGACGCAAGGGAAAGAUCUAUAUGAAACCUACAGAGAUACGGUGUCGGUGAAGUCUCUUCGUCUGAUCAGACAAGCGCUGAAGAACGGCGUGAACAAGGUGGAUAUCAAUCAGUUCGAGAUCCAGGUGCUCGCCGGAAUUCUGAAGCGAUUUCUACGGGAGCUGCCCAACCCACUAAUCCCGUGUGAGCUAUACGAGAGCUUCAUCGAGGCAGCGAAGAUACAGAAUGACGUAGACUGCACGAAGGCGCUCGUGCGCUUGCUGGACAAGCUACCGCCCGCGCACAGCAGCGUACUGAGGUUCCUCAUGGAGCACUUCUGCCGCGUGUGCCUCCACCAGCACACGAAGGGCGACAAGUCCCCGCCGACGAAGCUCGUGCAAGUGUUCGCCAACAUUCUGCUGCGGCCCAGCUGGGACAAGAUCACCGAGGUCGUAAACAACAGUGAAGCUCACAUCAGGAUUCUAGAGCUACUGCUGAGCAAGAGUGAGAAGUUUGGAGACAUGCCGGAGUUGUCGGCGACCGCUCCUCCCCCACGGCCUCCACGUAAGAGAGAUCCAAACUCUCCACCUCCCGGAGUCACCCCAGGGGAGAUGCUGAGAGGGACGAAGGAUUUACAGCAUGCAGAGUGGUACUGGGGCGACAUCUCAAAGGAGGAGGUGAACGAGAAGCUGAGAAACACGUGCGACGGCACCUUCCUAGUCCGUGAUGCUUCCACCAAAGACACGCACGGUGACUACACGCUUACCGUCAGGAAAGGCAGCAGCAAUAAGCUCAUAAAAAUAUACCAUCAAAAUGAGAAGUAUGGUUUCACGGAUCCGAGGAAGACUCCGUCCGACCCGCUGAAAUUCAACUCUGUCGUUGAUCUCAUAGACCAUUUCCGUGUCAACUCACUGGCUCAGUACAACAAGCAGCUGGAUGUGAAACUGUUGUACCCGCUGUCGAAACUAGUGCCGAUGAGCGAGGUCGACGAAUCGACGGACAUCGACUACAUGCGCGAGCGGCUGCAGACGAUCAACGCCACCUACCUGCGGCUGUCGCAGCAGUUCGACCAGUUCCUCGAGGAGUACAAUCACAUAUCACAGCAGAUCCAGCUGAAGAAGCAGGCCGAGCACGCGUUCGCGGAGACGGUGCUCUUCUUCGAGGAGCAACUGAAGCUCGUCGAGAAGCACCACAAGGACGCGCAGCCGCACGAGGUCAACAGAAUACAGGAGAACUACAACCUUCUGCGAUCGCGGCUGCUCGCCAUCAAGCAGAGUUCCGACGAGCUGUCGAAGGAACUGAGGCAGGAGAACGCCAAGAACCGCGCGCUCGACCGCGAGAUGAAUUCGGUGAAGCCAAAACUGCAUCAGCUCUACAAGCAGCGAGAGGACUACAUAGUGCUUUUGAAUAGUCGCAAUGUUCCCCAGUCACAGAUCAACGUCUGGUUGCAAGAAGCAUCGGAACCAAACGUAGAAUCAAACAUCUACUCGGAACUGAGUACAGACACGACGGACGAGUACCUCGCGCUGCCGCACCACAAUCAGGACACGUGGCUCUUCGACCGCAAGAUGGACCGCGUCGAGGCCGAGCAGCUUCUCGACGGAAAGCAGCGGGGAACAUUCCUGAUUCGCGUCGGACGGACCGGCGAAUACGUGCUCUCUGUCGUCGCUACUUCAAACAACGUGCAUGACAGAGUCGGACACUGCAAGGUACUGAAGACGGAGCAAGGCUACGGAUUCGCCGAGCCGUUCACAAUCUACCAGUCAUUGAAGGAACUAGUGUUACACUACCAACAAAACUCUCUGGCCGAUCAUAACGACAAACUGCCUACUACUUUAAAACAUCCGGUGUGCCAGUCGUGACGACAUCUCCGUCCGUAGAAGACUCUCGGAACGUUUUUGAAAGUUCCGGAACAGCGGCCGGAGCUCAUGCGGUGGGUUCCGCGCACGUUGACACACUCGUCUUUCUCACGGUGAACGUCCGAGCAGCGUUAAAGCGCACACGCUCUGUCGAUAGCCGUCGGCAUGUGCAGUGACGUCGAGGCUGCGUGACCCGGUGUAGCCGCACGCGCGUCUGAGGCUGCGUGACCCCCUGUCGAUACUCGAUCGUUUCUACGAGGGUCCGGUGUUCAUGAGCGCGGUGAUGCGCAGCCGAGGGCGUGUGAUGCCGGCACACAUCUAGCCACGUGUACGCGCCCCGCCCCAUCAGCAACAGCAGCCGUGGUGGAGGACAUCGAUGGCUCAAGCUCUAGCGUCAAAGUAGCGACUCUCGUCGGCUCGAAAAACCGGACAGCUUUGCUCGCCGUACGGCGGUUCGUUCGCGGCGGUCGCUCUCAUCGUUCAGCGCGACGUCCACGGCGUUCGUUUUUCGUCAUUCCAUCAAUCGUCUCGCGGCCGCCAUCGCCGCCACUCGUCGCUCGUGUGUGUUCGCGCCUCGUGUCAUUCAUUCAUCGUCGUCAAGCUCAAUGCAGUCACUGCUUCGUCUGCGCGUGACUUCACGAGGCGUUUUUUUGAUUCUGUACGAUCUAACAGUCUGCGGCUUUCCGUGGCGAUGGCGGCCUCUGCGUGUGGUGGGACUUUGUUGCGCCCAAUAAAAUAUGCGAUUUUUUUCAUGGUGAUUUUUUUCGAGAAGCCAGAGCUUUUAUUUAUGGAGAAUAAAAUUUAUGGGGACGCCAACCAGGGGGAACCUUAUUUUGAUUGGGUUGAGGUUGAGUAUUCAUUAUUGUAAAGGACAGGUUAGCCAGCAGUUCUACUUUCCUUGUUUUCCCUUCAUGGUUCUGAUUCUAUAUUACCAAGAGUGUAUUAAGAAUUACCUUCUUAAUACGCUCUUGAUACUACUAUUCCUACCAUUUCCUUGCCUUUUCUCUCUUUUUAUUGUCGCAUGUGAAUCGCUUGGUCGCAGAUUUUAUAGGGGUUCAUUUUUAACCUCUGAAGUCGAUUCAUUAGCAUGGGUCAUUGUGAUGUUGGGGAUUUUAAUUACAGGGAGUUUGCUCCAACUGGAACAGCUGCCAAAAGCCAGCCCUUAUAUUCAGACCAGCGUAUUGGCCUAAUUUCAUGGAGUAUCAAGAAAUCGUGGUCGGAUGUCUAGCCACAUGGUAGCUUCAUCUGGUCUAGACAUAAUUUUCACACAUGUAUUAGCUUGGGCAGGUGUUUAUACACUGAUUAUCAUAAAAAAUCAUAUCGUAAUAUCGUAAGUGAUUUCGUGUAUGCAGCACUGAACUCCUGUGCUGAGAAUAUUUAUUGGAACAAGCAUGUGUUUGUCCAAAAUUCUGCGGUAAAAUAAUAUCAAUUCUACUCAUUAUUUCCACGUGAAAUUAUCGGUGUCAUAUAUGCAUUAUCCUGUUACUGUCAACGACCCACUUUUCUCUUUCCUCUGCUUCACUCAAAUAACAUAUUCGUCCUACCUUGUCAUGUGGAUCUGCUGGGGUGAUUAGUCUUUGUGUCCUUUGCUGUUUACUCUCUUCGUAGCACUUCGGAGUCCUCUACUAUUGCAGAACCGAAACGGGCUUAAAGACAGUGACUCUUCAUGUUUUUUUUUUAUCUUUGGAGCAAAUCUGUAAAAACAAGGGCUGUAAAAAAAUGCUACGGUUGUAAUCUACUAACAUUGCGGACUUUGUUUGGGCUGGCACGUGUUUUAAAACGUGUUGUGUUUGUAUAAACGACACGAGCUCAAAAUUAUGUAAAAAUUGGAAUAGUGUAAAUGAUUAACUUGUCGAAUACAAUGAGGACUGCUGAGAUCGUGCUUUACUAAAGGGUGUAGUAACAACAAAUGUAAAACUUGUGUCCAGUAGCAAGUUGGAAACUAAACAACGCAUUUCUAAUGCAGCAUCUUCUCAAUUGAUUUUUAGCCAGCCAAGGGCAAUAGAGUGUUGUUGAGUAUUUUUGAUUGUAGUACUGAUGACUUUUACGUGUAAAAAAGCUUAUGUGAUAACGGAUUGUGGAUGCGUGAAACUGUCGAAGCAACAGUGUUACUAUUUUGGUACUCUUGAAGAAGUGCGUCGCAUGGGUUGCGCAGUUCACGCCCCGUGUGUAAUAGCGGCCGACGGAGAGAUCAGAGCGCUGGCCAUUGUGUACAUAGUAUUGUUGUUCCACACUAUUUGUGAUAAAACUAUAAUUGAUGAUGGUAAGUUAAAUUUGCUAGUUAUUAACAAUCAUUUGUCAAUAGUCAUUAGGAAACCAGUGACUAAAGUGUGUCGUCAGAUGUUGUGUAUGAUAAGUAUGUGAAAGUUGGUAUUAUGAUUGGGGGGGAAGAAGUGGAUGCAUGACUGCAUUCAUGCUCCGCAUAUUCCUAUUUCGUUCGAUUCUCAAUCGCCUCGAGAUAUUACUC